AUGGACAAUGUAAUCAAUGGAACGUCCGCCGAAAGCUUUGGAUACCAGCUUCCUGAUCUUUCGGAGAUCGACUUCAACGAUAAGAGCAAUCAUGUUCAUCUUAUAAUCAUUGUCAACUCAGUGCUUAUGGGCUUGAUCAUAUUAUUUAUGGGGGCGAGAAUAUACGCAAGAGUUGGUCUUGCUAGUAGAUUUCAAGUGGACGAUGCCCUUAUGGUUGCUGCAACACUGGUAUCACUUGCCUGCUCUAGCAUUAUCAUAUACUCUAUUCGACUAGGGCUUGGGCACCAUAUCUGGAAUCAAAAUCUCGCCGAUCUAGACGGACUGAAAGAAAAUAUUGGUCUUUUCGCAAAAAUUUUAAAUAAUGGGGCUGGCUUGCUCUAUUCCUUCUCCCUGAAUCUCGUCAAAUGUUCGGUUGUAACUCUUUACGCCCGUGUCUUUCCGGUGAAAUGGUUUAGAUACUUUCUUUAUGGUGUCGGGUUCACACUUGUGGCAUCCUUUCUCAUGACACUUUUCGUUGUGGUCUUCCAUUGCAAACCAAUAGAAGCUAGCUGGGAUUGGACAAUCAAAGAUGCUAAGUGCCUCAACUUGAUGGCGUUUCUUCAGACCAUGGCUGGGAUCAAUGUCACUACGGAUGUCAUUUUGGCGACAGCACCAAUACCGAUGAUCUGGAACCUCAAAAUGUCGAGAAGAGAAAAGCUUGCGAUUGCAAGUUUAGUCAUUCUUGCGACAUUCGCUUGUAUCGCCUCUAUCGUCCGUUUCAUUAACCUUGACGGGCUAAAGCACUUUGAUAUUACUUACUCCUCCACACUACCCAUAAUCUGGUCUGUAAUAGAAGUGGACGUUGCCAUACUCUGCGCUUCUGCCUCCUCUAUAAAACCUAUUUUGACCCGACAUUUCUCUUUUUGGGGCAUUUUUAAUCGAUCUUUGGUCACUGUCAACGAACUUCCCCAUAAUCAGCCUGAGAUUAUGGAUAGCGCAACCAAAAAUAGCACAUUCACCACUGCAAACAGAGUAUUCUCAAACUCAAGCUCCGAGUCAUAUAUUGCCAACACUGGCUACCUUUAUAGUACAGACAGACCUUCUACACCAGAGUCGCCACGCACAGUAAAGAGAGAUUGGAAUUAUGGUUCGGUCAAUUCUUCCAAUAGAGACAGAUUUUCUGUUGAGCCAGUCGAUUGGGAUGAUUAUUGGAGAGCCAAUGUGCGAGAUGAUAUCAGUGCCCCAAUCGACAAAGACAUUCGAAAAAAGGUUGAGGCUGAAGGGGCCCACAAGUCUAAAGACAAGGGAGGAAACGGCAAGCGCCUAAGUUUCAGCAACUUCAUUCCGUUGGAUACAUUCCGGCGACCAAGUGCGACAAGCUCACAUAGGUCAAGAGAUGAAGAAAAGGACCUCGAAAGGGAUAAGAGUAGUGAAUCUUUAUCUCCCUAA